UUCAUUCCAUACUCACUGGGUGGCUGCGGAUGUGCGUGAUUUGGUCGGGUUGGUUAGUUAAAAAGGGUCCUUGCUAUCGCGCGUGUUGUCCGUCCCAAUACAUUCUCGAGACUGAUACGAGGUAUCAGCGUGGGAGAUGCCGUCGCGAUAGCGUUUUGUGGAUACUGUAUUCCGCAGAGGGUUUCAGAAUGGCGGCUCGCCUCAGCAAAGGAAGUUCUGUCAGCGACGAAGAGUUCUACGACAGCGUUGACUUCAUUCCGGAGACUCACAUACGAACCGAAUCGCACGGGCCAAGGGACGUUGUCGACGAUCUGGAUAACGCGGUGUUCCUUGAAGGGGAAGGGGCGAGCACAGAGAAGGGGACCGAAGAGGUCGUGGACUGCGCCAUUCACCCCGAGGCCGACGCAGGUAGGGUCGCCGCAGAAAUCGACGGGCUGGAAGCUGGCAAGGCAAUAGGGCAACCAGAGAACACAAAUCUGGCGCUAGAAACGAAGAACAAAAAUAACAAUAAAGAUAUAAAAGAAAAGAAGAAAAAGAAGAAAGGGAACGCCCAAGACAGGGCGAAUAAUUUAAAUAACAAUGCCGAAGAAAACUCGGCUGCCUCCGAAACCUUAGCCUCGGCUUCAGCUUCGAACCCAACUUCACAUCCUCCAUCGAAGAAAAUGACUAAGAAAAACUCGAUGCUGAAAUGGUCGGCGGCGGCGCGGGAGGUCAUAAACACCGCAAAUGCACAGGACGACACAGACCACAACAGGAGGUCGUCGAGCGGGUCGAGCACAUCAAGCGUGGAGAGGAAGAUAUCUGGGUCGGCCAUCCUCGAGGACAUCGCACAGGGUAACUUGGCAAGUUGGGACGCCGAGACUUGCGUGGCACUUCUGCGCAUGCCCACCGUGUCCAACUACUCCGGCCUCAAGAAGCUUAUGGAAGUGGCGGGCGAGGACUGGCUGGAGGACUUCCUCAACCUGGACGGCCUCGGUGUCCUGUUCGAGUCCCUGGAGAGGCUUAGCGACCGCGGGUUCAGCUCCAUCACCGACGCCAUCCUCCAGCUAGAGUGCGUGCUGUGCGUUAAGACUGUGAUGAACUCCACCUCGGGCCUCGAGUACAUUAUCAACAACGACGACUACACCAGGAAGCUCGCCAAGUCGCUGGACUCUAGAAAUAUGCUAGUCAAGAAACAGGUGUUCGAACUGCUCUCCGCGCUCUCCGUCUACAGCGAGAAAGGGCACGCACUUGCUCUCGACGCCCUAAACAACUAUAAGGUGUUCAAGAACCAGCGUUACAGAUUCCGACUGGUGGUGGAGGAGCUGGCUAGUGCUGAGGUGAUGGACUACCAGGCGACGCUCCUCGCUUUCGUCAAUUGCAUCGUGUUGGGCGUCGGCAGCCUACAGGGCCGUGUCGCCAUCAGGAAUGAGUUCAUCGGCCUGGACUUCCUGAAGGUCCUUGAAGACAUCAGGCGAAUUGACGACGAGCAUCUGAGCAUCCAGGUGGCGGCCUUCGAGGACAACCACCUUGAGGACCUCGAGCUGCUCUACGGCCCCGAAGGCCAGCUCAGCCUCAACCACCAUGAUGCAUUCAACAGCCUCUUCACCAAGGUCCGCGACUCGCCACACUCGCUACACUUGCUCUCCCUCCUUCACAACCUCCUGCAGCUGGACCCGGAGGAUGAAAGCAGGUGUGGUGACUCAGAGCCAUCAGGUGUGAGCAAGAGAUCGCUGCGUCUCCCAGAAGCGCGCCUCCUGGGGCCCUUAGCACGCAGAAAGUGCAUCGCGGAAAGGUACUUCUUGUGUGACUUCCAAGACCUCCGAGUGAUCGAAUCCCCUGGUUUAAGGCGUCUUCGAGUCCUUGGCUGGAAGGGAACUCUGCUGGAGGCGGAAACCUAUGGAACGACGAUGCAAAAGAAAAAUCACGGGAAAAGGGAAUGGAUACUCGAUGCUGUCUGGGCACUGCUGGACCGCGUUGGCGUCCGGGCAGUGGAUGGCACCCUGACGCCCACAUGGGCGGAGAGUGUGGCACCUUCCAACGACUUCACCAGAAGUGUUGGCACCCAGACCAUCAAACGGCGCCUUUUUCGAUCUGCGGAAGACGGGAACGUCCCAGAAGGAUUUGAGGAGCGCCCUUUCCCGUCCUCCAGCCUCCCGCCCGCGCCCGACCACCCACCGCCCGCACCCCCGUCGGUAUGCACGGCCACAGAGCGAUCUCCCAAAGCAGUAGAGCCCACUGACGCCGCCUGCAUAGAAUCCCCAAGUGAGAGGAGAAACGUGGAGACGGUGGAGGCCGACAGAGAGUCAAACCGAGCGCCUCCUGCUCCUCCUCCUCCGCCGCCUCCCCCGCCACUUCCUUCUGGCAUUGGAGGUCCUCUGUCUCCUCCUCCCCCUCCUCCUCCACCCCCUCCACCUCUCCAAGGCUUUGGCGGCCCUCCACCCCCUCCACCUCUCCCAGGCUUUGGCAGUCCUCCGCCCCCUCCACCUCUCCCAGGCUUUGGCGGCCCUCCACCCCCUCCACCUCUCCCAGGCUUUGGCGGCCCUCCUCCCCCUCCACCUCUCCCAGGCUUUGGCGGCCCUCCACCCCCUCCACCUCUCCCAGGCUUUGGCGGCCCUCCACCCCCUCCACCUCUCCCAGGCUUUGGCGGCCCUCCUCCCCCUCCACCUCUCCCAGGCUUUGGCGGCCCUCCACCCCCUCCACCUCUCCCAGGCUUUGGCGGCCCUCCACCCCCUCCACCUCUCCCAGGCUUUGGCGGCCCUCCACCUCCUCCACCUCUCCCUGGGAUGGGUGGCCCACCACCUCCGCCACCUCUCCCUGGGAUGGGUGGCCCUCCCCCUCCUCCUCUGCCAGGCGCUGGUCACCCAGGCCUCAUCACGUCGACGACACUGCCAAGGUAUUAUUCUGCGGCGGCGCGGACCACGCCCUCUUUCUACAACACGCUGCCGCGCCCCACGCAGAAGAUGAAGCACCUCAACUGGGCCAAGGUGAACGGCAACGUGCUAACCAAUUCCAUGUGGCAAGACGUCCACAAGGACCUCCAGGCGUCGCCUCCGAAAGCGCUCAAUUUCUCUCAGAUCGAGGAACUUUUCUGCCAGGCGUCGAAGACUCCAGUCCAGAAGACCGAAAAGAAGAAAUCGACGGAGAUCACUUUGCUAGACCCGAAGAGAUCUCUCAACGUGAACAUCUUCAUGAAGCAGUUCAAGCAGUCUCACGCCGAGGUUGCGGCGCUCAUCCGGGACUGCAAGAGUACGGACAUCGGGACGGAAAGACUGCGAGGAUUCUUGAGAAUUCUGCCGGAGGACGAGGAGGUUAGCACGAUCAAAGAUUUUAAUGGGGACGUAGAGAAGCUUGGCAAUGCAGAGCGCUUCUACUGGGAGUUGAUCAAAGUACCUCACUACCAGGUGCGCCUUCAGGGAAUGAUCCAGAUGGAAGAAGUGAAGCCGGCAGUGGACGAACUGAAGCCUCAGAUCUCGAUGAUAUUGAAGGUUUCAGAUCAAGUUUUGAACAGUGAGAGCAUCAAGGAAUUCUUUGCUCAUAUCCUCACUGUCGGCAACUUCAUUAACAUGGGCAGCUACGCGGGAAACGCUCUUGGCUUCCGUCUCAACACCGUGUCCAAGCUGUGGGAGACGCGAGGCAACCGACCCGGUAUGACGCUGAUGCAUUACCUGGUCCAGUCUGCCCAGGACGAAGGCCUAGAGAUUCUGGACUUUACCGAGACGUUGGGCGACCUCAGUAAGGUUGCUAGAUUGUCCGUGGACGGCCUAACGGGGGAGGUAACGACGCUGCGAGGAGACCACACACACCUCUGCAAAAGCCUCGAGAACGCGCCGGACGAUGUCAAGGACCGUUUCAAAGACUUUGUAGCCACUUCUGACGGAUUGCUGAAGGAUCUCGAGCAGAGUCUGAUGGAAGUGGAGCGCUCACGAGUGAAGUUGGCGCAGUACUUCUGUGAAGACGAGUCUAAGUUCAAGAUCAAGGAUUGCAUUGGCAUCUUCAACACCCUUUGCCUGAAAAUAUCAGAUGCAAGAAAGGAUAACGAGGCGAGGAAGAAGCGAGAGGAGCGGAAGCGGCGCAUGGAGGCCGAGCGGAAGCGCGUGGAGGAGGAGCGGGCCAAGGCGGAGGCGGCGGGCGUCACCCUCAGGAAGAGGGGCGCGCCUCUUCCGCCGCCCUCCGACUCGGGCGGAUGUGUGGUCGACCGCCUGCUGGCAGACAUUAGGAAGGGAGACUUCAAGCUGAGGAAGAACCCCGUGUCCACAGCCCCGGCGGUUACGGGCUGAGAUCGGCCGCUCGCCAGGAAACUUCAGUGGUUAAAAGUGUCUUUCUGAAAGGACUCGUCGAAAGGGGCAGAUCUGACCGAGAAUGCAGUCAAGCAUUACAUUGGAAUUUGCAGUUCUAUGACUUUGCAUAAAGAGAGAAACUGAAAGUCCAAACAAAAUUUGCCGGUGUAGAAGGUGGUGCGCACCCACUGUAAAUUUAAGGAAGGAAGGGCGAUAGAAGAGUGGAAUUUAUCUGAAUGUAGUUGAAAUUUGAAAGUGAUAAGAUAUGAGAUAAUGAAAUAUGAUAGUUAAAUAAGGUUUAUCUUGUAUAUCCUGUCACAAUGUUAACAGUGAAGGCGUUUCCGGCUUGAAAUUUGUAAAAAUAUAUAUUAUUUUGGGGCAGACCCCUUGACACUCCAGAUGUUAUACAUUCCUGAGUCACCAGGCGAAAAAUACUAACUUUAAAAAUAUGUACUUAUGCUGCAGUGGCUGCACGCAUUGGUUGCCUUCUCUGCUGAAUUUAGGUCUUUCAGGUGCUAUUGUUAUUAAAUGUGUUUUGUGUUAUUUUGUAUAGUAAUAUGUUUUACUAAUAAUCGUUGUUUGACUUUGCUUCCAGUACGGGAAGAUAUACAUAAUUCCAGUGAUUCUUACAAGGAGCUUAUUUGUACGCUUAUAAAAGUGCCUUUACAAUAUUUAAAUACAUGGUGAUAUCGCUAAAUGUCAUUAUCUUUGUGAAAGGAGCAAAUUGAAUAUAUAUGUUUCCUAUCAAA